AUGCCUGUUUUUAUGAACCCGUUUCAGAAGCAUCAUGUCCGCGAUUUCCCUGAUGUUUUUGUACCAUUGGCACACGCAACGCGAUACCCCUCUGUGGUUGCAGACCACAACGAAAAGCUGGGCAUUUCCUCGGAUAGCCCUGUAAAUGAUAAGGAGGGUGAAGCCAGCGUUGGCGGUAAAUACAGUGCAAAUACCGUGGAGGGUCUUCGGGCAGAAGUAGACCUGGAUAUUGCGGCUUCCGGCCAUGAUACCGCCUAUGAUCGAAAGUCAAAGGUCAUUAACAAGGCCAUCAUGGAUAUCGGAAUGGGACCAUAUCAAUGGCAACUGUUCGUCCUCUGCGGGUUUGGAUGGUUAGCAGACAACCUGGUGCUUCAGGUAGUUGCACUUACUUUACCAUCAUUGACAUCUGAGUUUGGCGUGAGCUCCAACAACGUCCGAUACACCACCUGCGCCACAUUUGUAGGACUAUGCCUAGGGGCUUCUUUUUGGGGCAUUGGGGCGGACCUCCUGGGUCGACGCUUAGCGUUCAACACGACCCUGUUUCUCGCUGGUGUAUUUGGCCUUGCAGUCGGUGGCGGUCCAAGCUGGGUCGGCACCUGCGGACUCUAUGCGGCACUGGGAUUUGGGGUUGGUGGGAAUCUGCCUGUCGACGGAGCACUCUUUCUGGAAUUUCUGCCAAGCGCGUCCCAGAGCUUACUGACUCUCUUGUCUGUGUGGUGGCCACUUGGCCAACUGCUUGGCUCACUCAUCGCCUGGGGGUUCCUCUCAAAUUAUACGUGUAGUCCGGACCUCAACUCUUGUGACGUCUCGGCUCCGCCAUGUUGCUCCAAAGCUAACAACUGGGGCUGGAGAUAUCUCAACAUCACGGUCGGGGCUAUCAUCUUUUCGAUGUUUAUGGUUCGAUUCUUCUUCUUUCAUCUCUUCGAAUCGCCCAAAUACCUCCUUGCGCAGGGUCGUCAGGCUGAGGCAGUUGCAACGGUUCAUGGGAUAGCCUAUAAGAACAAGCGUAAGACUUGGCUAUCGGUCGAAGUCCUGAAUGCCAUUGGCGGUGAUCCAGCAGUGCUUGACAAUACCAAGCUCUCCCGUGCAGAUAUCGUGAAGCGAACUCUCGGCAAAUUCUCGAAAGACAGGAUCGCGCCUCUUUUCGCAACCAGGCGUCUGGGAGUCAUGACAUGCCUCAUCUGGAUUUGCUGGGCAACGAUUGGAAUGGGAUACCCUCUUUUCAAUGCCUUUCUCCCACAGUAUUUCCAGAACACUGGGAAAGCGAAUACAGCACCUACGCCGAACAGCAUUGUAUACCGCAACUACGCUAUCACCUCGAUCGUUGGUGUCCCAGGGUCGAUAAUUGCGGCCUACACGGUCGACGUCAAAUAUAUCGGCCGCAAGUACACCAUUGCAAUCGCCACGCUGAUCACCGGAAUCCUCCUGUUUUGCUUCACAAUCAGUGAUGAUUCGAAUUACCAGCUUACCUUCAGCAGUCUUGAAGCCUUUUUCCAAAACAUAAUGUACGGCGUGCUGUAUGCUUAUACGCCCGAGGUCUUUCCGGCCCCCAAUCGAGGCACAGGGACUGGAAUCGCAUCUUUCUUCAACCGGCUCACGGGUCUAUGUGCGCCCAUUGUCGCAGUCCACGCUGGGAAAGUGAAUCCGAAUGCACCCAUUUAUGCGUCCGGGUCGUUGAUUCUUGUUGCUUUCAUCGCCAUGUGUUGCUUCCCAAUUGAGACCAGGGGAAAGCAGAGUCUCUAG